CAGUAGUAUUUCUGUUCCUCGCGUUCGUGUAGGUUGAUUGUUGAUUUUAAGUGUUUGACUCCUAGUGUUCCGUAUGGUUGUUGGUAAUGUUGUUAUUAGACAUUUGCAUUCCUGGCUGCGCGACUGCUGAUUUUCCAACACCACGCAACUAUAACAACAACGAUUAUUUAUUGCGGUAGCAGACACAAAGGCAAAUUUAUCGAUUAGUUUUCUACCGAGCGCGCACUUGCACACAAACCAAUGACCAGCCAGUGAGUUGAGUGGAAAAUCUGUUUGAUGCCCAAUUGUGUUUUAAAAAGAUGUUGAGCGAAAUAAGUGCUAAAUUACAAUGCUACCGUUGUUUGUGCGCUGCGACGUAAUUGACUGCAAUUGGUGAACGUUUUGCAGUCGGCACUAGGUAGGUGGCCUGUUUGUCGUUUCCAACUCCAGCGUGGAAAUUGUGAAGCGAAAUUAAAAUUGAGGAUAAAACGAAAAAGUAAAGCACAGUGCAAUUGCGCGAGGGGCAAAACAGCGUAAAGUGCAAUUAAGUGACGAAUGCGAAGCUGAAAACAAAGUGAAAAUUCCAAUAAGAAAAAGAGAAUAAGGAAAUAAAUCAACAAAAAUAAAAAUCUGUUAAAAUAAUAAUACAUAGUUAAAAGUAAAAAAGUUGAGAAGUGUUUUCGAAAAAUGUGAAAUUCCUUCAUUCCUUGUGCUAUUAAACGGCAAAAGCUCCGAAGUGAAAAGCAAAGUAAGCAAAGGCUUGCAAUUAUUAUUACCUACUAUAAGUUAAUAAUUCCAAGCAGGCAGCGUCGGGCGUGACGUCUCUGUCGCCUCUGCAGCAGUGCCAAAAUGUGGAUAUCAUCCAACAACAAAUACGGCGUUGCCAUUCACAAUUGGCAUGGCGAUGUGCGUUACGGUCUACCGCUUGAUGUGGGCGAUUCCGUCGAAAUAUUGGAGGAAUGCACAAAUUGGUAUCGCGGUACGUGUGCGCGCAAAUCCCGCGCUGUCGGCCUUUUUCCCAAAACCUAUAUACACAUCAAGGAUCUGUCGAAAAUUGAUCCAGUGGUUGGCGAGUGCACACAAGUUUUGCGUGAAUGGUCCGAGAUAUGGAAGAAACUCUAUGUGGAUCGUGAAACAUAUAAAUUUCACACGCUGCGCAAGGUGAUGUUAUCCAUCUUAGAUUGUCGUCGGGAGCUUUUGGGUGCCACGCUGACGCAGGACCAAACACUGGAAUUGCAAACAUUGGUUGUGUCACGCAUCGAUUGGGGAAAUCGAAAACUUGGCUUGGAUCAAGUGCCACGAAUCGGUCCAUUAGCAGUUGAUCCGCAUAACAUCGGAGUUGUGGGUCUGUACAACGUGCAUGUGACAAGUGCAGAUAACGCAAAGGCAUCAUCGAGUCGCGGUACGUUACGUCGCAAAGUUCAGCGAAAAAUACUUACACACCAUUUAUACUUUUGUAUGCGUGAUUUUGGCCACCGUAUUGGUGGCGAUGACGCUGAGGUAUAUUUCUUCCUAUACGAUGCCAAUCCAUCGCGCAUGCGCGCGCUAUCAGAACGUUUUUUGGUAAAAAUAUCAAAAGAUGGUUUCUCAAAUUAUAUAGAAAAGUUGCAUAGCAACUGUACGGUAUUCACAGAUUUAGGUGCUGUGGAUUUGAAUGAAGAUUUACAUUUAGUGGCUGUGGUAAUGCGUGUGGGGAAAAUCAUUCCGUCAGAGACGGGCAAAAAGGUUGAGAAGAAUAAUAGCCUUUGUUGUACGGGUCCCACUUAUCGUCGUCCUUUUGGUGUGGGCGUGUUGCCACUAAAUGAAAUUAUUCACUAUGAUAGUUCUGUCGAAACAGAGGAGAAGGAAUUUAAUUUUAAGAUAUAUCAAUGCGAAGAAAAAGACUUUCAUCAACUACAUGAAUUAAUAAUUAAGAAAUCAACUGGCAAAUUCUCGCCAAUAACCUCAGGCAAUCAAAAUACACAGGGCAUCGUAGUAUCGCUCAAACUGCUGCAUGGCGGACUCGGUCAGGCGCGUCAAGAGCAACCGCUACUCUUUCAAGGCACGACAAUCACGCGCAAAAUGGGCUUCCCCGAUGUCAUUAUGCCCGGUGACGUGCGCAACGAUCUCUUCAUCACCUUGGAGCGUGGUGAAUUCGAACGUGGCGGCAAGAACACUGCCAAAAAUAUCCUAACAACUGUGGUUGUGCUCGAUACAGGUGGUACUAUUUUAACCGAAUGUUUAUGGGGCGCUUCCGGCAUGGAUCCGCAGAACUAUUAUAAAUCCAUGAUAUUAUAUCAUCAAAACUCACCCUGUUGGAAUGAAAUGCUGCGCUUGAGUGUGCCAAUCGAUAAGUUCUCCACCGCGCAUGUACGUUUUGAAUUUCGACAUUGUUCCACACGCGAAAAAUCGGAUCCCAAACUCUUCGGAUUCAGUUUUGCUCGUCUAAUGGACCCUAGCGGUGCCACUCUAACGGAUGGUCAACACGAGUUGUACGUUUACAAGUGUGAGGAUGCGGGCAAACUGCAUGCCGGUAAUUAUCUAAAGUUGCCUAGCAAACCAAAGGAUCCACACGCCAAAGUGGAUUGUAGUUCAAUAUUUCAUCGUAGCUCGAAAGAAGUAUUUGUUAUCAAAUCGCUGUUAUGCUCAACAAAGCUGACGCAAAAUGCUGAUCUUCUCUCGCUGCUUCAAUGGCGCACAAAUCCCGAAACUAUACAAGAUUCCCUUACGGGCGUUCUGCGACUAAACGAUGAGGAGCUGGUUAAAUUUUUGCAGGAUGUGCUCGACGCACUAUUUGCCAUGUUCUCCAACGAAGAGGGCAAUAGCACAGAGCAUUCAGGUCUGGUGUUCCAUGUGCUUGUCAGCAUUUUCAGCGUAUUGCAAAGCAAUAAGUUCCAACAUUUUCGACCUGUAAUGAAUGCCUAUAUUGAAAAUCAUUUCGCCGCUGCGCUCGUUUAUAAGGGACUAAUUACAUCAGUGGAGCAUAUGGCGGUUUUUAUGACCAAAGCCGAACAUCCUGAUCCAUUCCAGAAAUGUUUCAGUUCAUUAGAAUAUAUUUUCAAAUUGCUGAUACAAUCACGAAAGUUGUUUGCGCGUGCUACUGGGGGCCAAUAUGAGGACUCUUUCCGUAGAGAUUUGCAUUCGCUCUUUACAGCUCUUAAUGGUAUGUUGGCAGUGCCAUCCUAUGAUGUGAUCAUACCAACUCAAGAGGCGCUGUUGAACUCUACGGGUGUGGUGCUGGAACAAUUAAAGGAUACAUUACCGGCGCCUGAAUUGGGUAUGUUGGCGCGAAAUAUGCUAGAUGCCAUACCGAGAGAUGCACCUGUGCGGCUGAUACAGGCGAAAUUGAAUGCUGUUAAGGAUCUAGUGUCCGGUGAACUGUUUCACGAGGAUGACUCGCGCACAGUAGUUCUAUCAGUCGCCUGUAAACACCUGCGCAUGCAUUUGGGCCGCCGCGAUGAGCUGCGACUCUGUGCUGAAAUAAUAUCUGAAAUUCUAAAUCAUCUAUAUGAUCUGCAACGCCAGCAGCGCGAAAAAGUCACAAACACAUUGCAACAUGACUUGGAUUCGCUGUGUAAGAACAUCCUCGGUAUUCUCAUCAAAACCAUAAGCAUCAUGAUGGAAGGUGCUCAUGCUGUGCUUCCACAAUUGGUCGCCUGCCUACUUGGUCUGCUGCAGCUGCUCGAUGAAACGCAUUACAAACACUACUGGGACGAGUUGAGUCCCAAUAAAGAUCCACGUGAUUUGAAAGAUUUCCUUAGCAAGUCAUUACUGGUAUUCGAGGAACUGCUCUCACAGGAUUGGCAAGUGUUUCCAACCGAUUGGUUGAUCAUGAAGUUGGCUUGCAACGAUGUGCUGCGCAAGGCAUUGGAAGAAUUCGCAAAGCCAUUGGUUUAUCGUUUUCUCGGUCCGCAGUCCUUCGAUUCACCACUUUGGUGGUCUUACUUUAGUUUAGCUGUUACAUUUCUAACGCAACCAUCACUGCAAUUGGAAAAGUACCGCGAACCAAAGCGCAGAAAGAUUUUAAAUACGCACGGUGAUAUGCGUGUGCUAAUGGGUUUCCAAAUACUCAGCAUGUGGUCACAGUUGGGUGAACAAAAGUUGCACUUUAUACCCUCAAUGGUGGGACCGUUCCUGGAAGUAACGCUCGUGCCAGAGCCAGCGCUGAGGAAGGCAACUUUGACAGUCUUCUACGAUAUGAUGCAGUGCGAGCAAAGUGCACGUGGUUCCUUUCGGUUAGUGGAGAGUGAACUUAUCGAUAAAUUGGAUUUGCUAAUCAGCGAAAACAAGGGCGACGAUGAGUACCGUGAACUUUUCAGCACAAUGGAACAUCUGAGCUUGGUCUUACUGGAAAAAGUCCAAACAGAGAAUCCCAGUUGGAAGGAUGCUGGCACCGCUUUUAUAGCAUCGGUGACGCGUUUAUUGGAGCGUUUAUUGGAUUAUCGUAGCGUAAUGCAGGGUGAGGAGAAUCGUGACAAGCGAAUGUCUUGCACAGUGAACUUAUUGAAUUUCUAUAAAAAUGAAAUCAAUCGCAAAGAGAUGUACUUGAGAUACAUCUAUAAACUACACGACUUACAUCUACAAGCGGAAAAUUACACUGAGGCUGGUUACACGCUAAAACUCUAUGCUAAUAUGCUGAAUUGGGAUCGUGAGUCACUCUGUUUCGCACCGAACGAUAAUACUGGCCAGCCAGAGUGGCAGCGCAAAGAGCGACUCUAUCAUGAGAUCUUGAAAUAUUUCGACAAGGGAAAAUGUUGGGAAAAGGGCAUUCCAUUAUGCAAAGAAUUAGCUUUGCUCUAUGAAACACGCCGUUUCGAUUACAAUAAACUCAGUGAGAUACUUAUACUCGAGGCAAAAUUUUUCCAAAAUAUUCUAACGCAACUGCGCCCAGAACCGGAGUAUUUUCGUGUUGGUUUCUAUGGACUGGGUUUUCCGCUUUUUGUGAGGAACAAACAAUUCGUCUAUCGCGGCUUAGAGUAUGAACGUAUAGGUGCUUUCACCCAACGCUUACAAACCGAAUUUCCUGCGGCACAGAUUUUAACCAACAAUAGUCCACCAGAUAACUCGAUUCUCACUGCAGCAGAACAAUAUAUACAAAUUAGUAAUGUACGACCAGUUGGCGAUGCGCAAGCCUUAAAGACGGCAAUGGUGCCAGUACCGGAGAAAAUUGCUAGAUUCUAUGAGGUCAACGAUGUGACACGCUUCAUCUACGAUCGCCCCAUCUAUAAAGGUCCUAUCGAUAAGGACAACGAAUUUAAAUCGCUGUGGAUCGAACGCACCAAAUUGGAAAUAUCCAAUCAACUCCCCGGUAUUUUGCGCUGGUUCGAAGUAAAACACAAGUCAGUACAUGAAAUCACCCCAGUAGAGUUUGCAUGCGAGACAAUGAAUAAUGUCGGCAAAGAAUUAUGGGAUCUCAUUGUACAGUAUCGUACUGAACCAAAACGUAAUAUAAAUCCCUUUUCGAUGCGCUUACAAGGCAUAAUCGAUGCCAAUGUCAUGGGUGGUAUAAGCAAAUAUCAAGAGGCAUUUUUCUCGGAACAAUUUCUGAAGUCGCCACAAGGUCAUGGCCAACAAACAAAUGUGCAAAAAUUAAAGGCUCUCAUAUUAGAGCAAAUACAAGUACUCGAGCAGGCUUUGGAACUACACGGCACAUUGGCGCCACCCAACGUACAGCCACUACAUAAUCGUUUACUUGAACGCUUCUCGCAGUUAAAACAAAGUUUAUCAGGUCUGGGCCGGCUGAAGCGCCAACAUUCGGAGAGCAUAGUUAAUACACCCUUGCCACCACUGCCAACCGAAAAACGCACAAUGAGCCUGGGGAAUCCCAGCUUAAAUACUGGCUCGUCAAAUUAUUAUGGAGUAUAUGAGCAAGAUGAUAUAUACACACGCCCGGGCGACACGUUACGUCCAGUCGAAUCUGGCAAUUCACUGCUGAUACACAACUCAUACCAAACGCUAAGCAAUGAGAGCAUGAGUAUACCGGAAAUCACGCGUGAUAAAGUACCACCUGUACCGAAUCGUCCGCGUUCGCAGAAUUUCAUGCCUGCCAUGGAUGGCCCAGAAGUGCCACCUAAGCGUAAUGCCAAUCAAGUGGGUUCACCCAGCGCACCUCCACUACCGCCGCGUGGCAUAACGCCCGACAAGCGUGCUUCAAAUCCUAGUGCCAUAAAUGAUUUCAGCAGUAGUCAGUAUCCCUCAGCUGGCUCAAUGCCACGGCGCCCUUUGUCUGCCCAUCACCAGCAACAACAACAGCAUGAGCAUGGUCAGAAGUAUUCAGUGGUAGAUAUCAGCUUCGACGACCCUGAAGCGGAUCAAGCUCCCCACUCUCUAACAAGUGUAGGUGAGACGGCGCAGCUUAAUGUGAUCGGGUAUGGACCAAAUGAUUUUCGAGAUUCAGGCAUCUCAACAACAAGUUCGCACGAUCUUAAUAAUUUGAAUAAUCUCAGUGAAGAGUCUUCAUCCAAUUCAGUGAGCACCGUGCAUCAUCGCGACCACUGCCGCUUGAUAUCGAAUGGAAGCAUGGACAGCGCCUACACCAUCAACACUACGCUCAAUAUAAAUCAUCGUGAAAACUCGGCCAGCUCAUUCGAUAUGGACGAUCUGCCAAUGCCGCCGCCACCUCCCAUACCUCCCAAGUCAUUGAAUAUUAUCGCAACCGCGGACUCUUCUUCACUUGAAGAGCAGCAUUCAACAAAUCCAAACACAAUUCAAAAUCAAAAUCAUACUGCAUCAAAUCAUUCUCAUGCACUGAAUCACCCAAAUCAUUUAUCACAACAUUCAACUCACAAUCACAGUCAAAGUCACCAACAGAACGGUCUUGGUGCUAGUGAUAACUAUAUAACACCUAAGAAGAGUGACGCCGCAAGUGGCGACAACGCUAGCGCCAGUGAAUCUCACAAUGAUGGCGGCACUUUUUGAGUUGCAAUAUGUCGCUGCCAUCAACCGCUGCUUCGCCCAGCAGCACCUCUACCGCUACCAUCGGCCACAACGACCGAAACUGAAACUGAGACUUCAU